AUUUUUAGGCAAGUGCAAACAUACACAUACAUGUAAUGUCUAGUCUGUAGCUAGCUAUAGCUGUCAAUUAGUCUGUGUAGUCUUUCUUCCUGACUGUCAAGCUAGAUGGCUGGAAAAAAGAAGAAAAAGGGAGGGAAAGGAAAGAAGAGUGGAGAUGAGGGGAAGCUUCCUCCUCCUCCAAAUCUGGAACAGACCAGAGAAGGAGCUGUCGAAGCCUUACUUACGUUCCAGAUUCAUGGUAAGGAGGAAGCAGUUUGUCUCUGUGAGGAAGAAGCUGAAGGUUUCAAGGACAAAAAUUAUGAACAAGAGGCAAGGAAUUAUCAGUUGAAAAAGCAGCAAGUCUCUCAUUACAAGGAACUGGUUGAAGAAGCUCGGAAGCUACAAAAUGGCAUUGAUUCAGUGGAAAAGGUGGAACGGGACGAGAUAGAAUCAGUUCUCAAGGAAACACUAGAUCUGCAACAAAGAGGUCUUUCAGACGUAAAAGAGUUGGAGUCUAGGAUCAAAGAAAUUGACCAGGAGCUACUCAUUGUGAAUGAGGAAGUGAAGAAGUGGACCAAUUACAAGGAUAACAUUCGUGGGAAGAGGAGUGAGUACAUAACAGAAAUGCAUACUGACAUGGACAGUUUUGGAUAUAAAGAGAGACAGCUUCAAGACGAGUUAUCAAAGACACUUCAAAAGGUGAAGUGGGAGGUGGAUAGGAAGGUUUUGAACGUUCAAGCAAGUCAAACCAAAAAAGGAACUGAGUUUAUUAUGAGUAACCUCGAUAAGGACACGAAAUCAGAGUUCAUGGAUAACAUUUGGUUAAGUAAACAGAUUGACCACAUGAGGAGGGUAUUGGAAUCACUGAGAAAGGAGACUGAUGCGUUAGAGCGCAAGAAUAUCCAGUUUAUAAGAACUGUCUCUGAGGCUCAGAGCAGGGAUAUUCAGGCCAUGAGUGACUUGUACGGCAUGUCUACUGGUAGGGGACUGCGUUUUAACCAAGGAGACGAAUUACCCUCAUUGGUUGAUGUCAUGAAGUGUACUUCUGACAAAGGAGUUGGAGGUCAAGCUGGUCGUUAUGAGAUGCAACUGCUCUCACUGCAAGGCUCCAGACCCCCAUGGCAUGUCAUCCCAGACACUGUUCACCUCCCUCCGAUCGAGAAGCAACGCAGGUCCCACACUGCCCAGCCCCCCACAACUAAGUGGCCUAUUUCGAACGCCAUGCUCUCGUCAGUACUUGGUGUUGAAUAG